UGGGCCGCCGACCGGACCACCUGCCACCCAGGGGAGGGUCCCGGUGGCGAGAGCGGGGUGGGGUGCCCCGGGAACCCUGGACCCAACUGGGGCAGAGGGCACUGGACCGGGCCGGACUCAGGCAUUCAGGAGGCGGGCGAGCCCAGGUUGCUGAGAGGCCGCAGGAAGGUGAUACGGAGAGCUGAAACCAUGGUUCAGCAGGUGCUGUACCGGGCGCUGGUCUCCACCAAGUGGCUGGCGGAGUCCGUCCGGGCUGGCAGGCUGGGCCCUGGCCUUCGAGUGCUGGACGCCUCCUGGUACUCGCCGGGCACCCGCGAGGCCCGCAAGGAAUACCUAGAGCGCCAUGUGCCCGGCGCCUCCUUCUUUGACAUAGAGGAGUGCCGGGACAGAGCGUCGCCCUACGAGAUGAUGCUGCCCAGCAAGGCGGGCUUCGCCGACUACGUGGGCAGCCUGGGCAUCAGCAACGACACGCACGUGGUGGUGUACGAUGGUGACGACUUGGGCAGCUUCUAUGCGCCGCGAGUCUGGUGGAUGUUCCGCGUGUUUGGCCACCGCACCGUAUCCGUGCUCAAUGGUGGCUUCCGGAACUGGCUGAAGGAGGGCCACCCGGUGACAUCUGAGCCCUCACGCCCAGAGCCAGCUGUCUUCAAAGCCACACUGGACCGCUCCCUGCUCAAGACCUACGAGCAGGUGCUGGAGAACCUCGAAUCGAAGAGGUUCCAGCUGGUGGAUUCACGGGCCCAAGGGCGGUACCUGGGCACGCAGCCGGAGCCAGAUGCAGUAGGCCUGGACUCGGGCCACAUCCAAGGCUCAGUCAACAUGCCCUUCAUGGACUUCCUGAUGGAGGAUGGCUUCGAGAAGAGCCCGGAGGAGCUCCGUGCCAUGUUCGAGGCCAAGAAGGUGGACCUCGCAAAGCCCAUCAUCGCCACAUGCCGAAAGGGUGUCACUGCCUGCCACAUCGCCCUGGCCGCCUACCUGUGCGGCAAGCCCGAUGUGGCCAUCUAUGACGGCUCCUGGUUCGAGUGGUUCCACCGGGCCCCCCCGGAGACCCGGGUGUCCCAGGGGAAAGGCGGGAAGGCGUGAGCAGUGGCCUCUCCUACCCUCGCCCACAACUCCUGCCAGUGGAGUGACCCCAGCGUGGCCCGCAGCUGGUCCAUGCCUCAUCGGCUAAGGAGAUGAACAAGUUUUUAGAGUUAAUGAGUAGAGCGCUCCUUUUCCCAACAACACUGGAAUAAAACUGGCCUUUUCCGAGUA